AUGGACUUGGAAGAGCUUCAGCUACAAUUAGAAAAGGUAUUGUGUGAAGUAAGCAAAGAUAUAUUGAUUAAACUAGCAGUGUUUCUCAAAUUGGACGAGGUGAAAUAUCAAGGAAAAUCAAAACUUAGUAUUACUCGACUACUUGAAAGAGAAAUUGAGGAGCAAGUAGCCCAGAUUGAAGAUGAGAAUCAAUGCUGUGUAUUUCUCAAGAAAAUCCAGUUGAUUGAGAUUACUGAUAAAGAAGCCCCUCCAAAGGAGAUUGGAAACAAGGAACUUGAAGUUUUAAAACAGCAACUAGACAACAUGGAAAAAGAUCAUCAAAAUCAAGUCGAAGCCCUCAAAAGUAAGAUGGAAGAAAGUGAACUGAAAGCGACAGCGACAAGUGUAAGUAAACCAACCACAAAUGAUCUUAAAAGUGUAUUACGUAGGGAAUUCAAGAUUAAUGGUCAAAUAGGGGAACCCGGUCAAAAGGAUAAACUCACAUUUGUAAGCUUGGUCAGACAGAUCGAAAGUGCAUCGUCUAAGGGUUACUCAGAAACAGAAGUGAUUGAUGGUGUAUAAGAGCAAUUAUUCCUAGUAUGCAGCUGCAAAGUUAUCUUGAGACAGUUAGUGACCUGACAUUGCCAAAGUUAUGUGCUAUUUUAAGAUCACACUUUCAGGAGAAAAGUGCAACUGAACUUUACCAGCAAUUAACAACAAUUGUACAAUCACCUGAAGAGAGUCCACAGAGUUUCCUGAUAAGAGCUCUGGACCUACAUCAAAAGGUUUUAUUUGCCUCUAAAGAAGCAGGGGUAAAGAUCACAUAUGAUGAAAGUCUUGUUCAAGGACUGUUUUUACACUCGCUCGAGACUGGACUUCAUCAUGAAGCUGUAAGAACAAAGUUACGACCAUUCUUACAACAACCAGAUAUAACGGAUGAAUUGCUAAUUGAACAAAUGAACAUAAUUGUAUCAACUGAAACAGAGAGACAAAAGAAAUUUGGUACAGCAAGUCAGGCACGACAAUGA